GGGGGUGUGUGCCUCUGGAUCGAGCUGUGGUGGAAGAUGUUUCGGAAAGGGAAGAAGCGACACAGCAGUAGCAGCUCCCAGAGUAGUGAAAUCAGUACUAAGAGCAAGUCUGUAGACUCCAGCCUUGGGGGGCUCUCUCGAUCCAGCACCGUGGCGAGCCUCGAUACCGAUUCCACCAAGAGCUCAGGACAAAGCAACAGUAAUUCAGAUACCUGUGCAGAAUUUCGAAUAAAAUAUGUUGGUGCCAUUGAGAAACUGAAACUCUCCGAGGGAAAAAGUCUCGAAGGGCCACUAGACCUGAUAAAUUAUAUAGAUGUCGCCCAGCAGGAUGGAAAGUUGCCUUUUGUUCCUCUGGAGGAAGAAUUUAUUAUGGGAGUUUCCAAGUAUGGUAUAAAAGUAUCCACGUCAGAUCAGUAUGAUGUUUUGCAUCGGCAUGCUCUGUAUUUAAUCAUCCAGAUGGUGUGUUAUGAUGAUGGUCUGGGGGCAGGAAAAAGCUUAUUGGCUCUGAAGACCACAGAUGCGAGCAACGAAGAAUACAACCUGUGGGUUUACCAGUGCCACAGCCUGGAACAAGCACAAGCAAUCUGCAAAGUUUUAUCCACUGCAUUUGACUCUGUGUUGACAUCUGAGAAACCCUGA